UGUGUGUGUGUGUGUGUGGGUAAUUAACAAUAAAACCCAGGGAAAACCGAGAAAACAAAAGCCGGAAAGAAAGAGAUCGAAUUUCCAGAUGGGUUUAGUGGGUGUUCUCAAGUUUGCAUUCAAAUGCUUCGACUUGCUUGCUUGGCCUCUCUUUGGUCUGGGCUGUCCUCUGUAUGCCUCGAUUUGGGCAAUCGAGAAUAAUUCCUACUCGGAGAUGCGAACUGUGGUGGCAUAUUGGAUUCUUUUCUCUCUGGUUUCUCUCUUUGAGCUUGCUUUUGUGAAACUUAUUGACUGGCUUCCAGUCUGGCCUUACAUCAAGCUACUGGCCAUGUGCUUGUUGGUGCUACCUGAUUUUAAUGGUGCUUCUUUUGUUUAUGAGUGCCUGCUUCGCCCGUGCUUAUUUGUGGAUCCUCGAGCUGCUAUCAAAUACUUCAUUAAACCCAAGGAGGAUAAGAAUCUGGAUGCUGAAAGUUUUCUAGCUGCUGUAGAUAGGUAUGUUCAAGAGAAUGGAUCUGAAGCUUUGGAGAAAUUCCUUGAUCGGAAGUCCAAGCAUACAAAGCCUGACAUUGGCGUGGAAGUGAUGAAGUCAAUGACUUACACAGAGGAGAAGGAAACAGCUGCAGCCAUCCAGUCCAAAUACGAAGAACCUAAUGUCGGCAAGUUGGAUGCAAGAGCAGUGGAAGUACCAGAGAAAAGUCCAGCAGCUGCAACAAAAUUGUCUAAAGUGAGUGAGCCUCAUGUUGAUAAGGGGAAUGUCAAUGCGGGGGAAUUGAAAGAUGAAAGUCCAGCAGUUGCAACAGAACAGGUCAAUUGUGUAGAGCCAAAUCUUGCUCAAAAUCAGAAGAAAGCUGUUGCCACUACGGGGCAAUUGAAGGGCAAAAAUCCAGCAGUUGCAACAGAACAGGCGGCAAGAUUACCAACCAUGCGAUCAAACCUCAACCCACCUCGUUGGCAGGUGAAGCGUGCAGUGCAAAAUCUUGCUCAAAAUGAGAAGAAAACAGUUGGUGCUGGGGAAAUUAAAGGGGAGACAGUUGCAGCAGCUGGUGGAGAGAAAAAAACUGUGGAGAUAACCGAUUCAGAGAAAGUUCAGAGAGAGUGGACUUGUGCUUUAUGCCAGGUGACUACCCCACGUGAGGAGGAAUUGAAUUCUCAUCUUCAAGGGAGAAAACACACGGACAAGUGCGAAGAGCUGAAAGCAAGUAAGAAAGUGAACAAAAACCCGGGUUCCUCCUCUUCAGCAGCCGGUCCGGAGCCAAAGGAGAUCCUUUUCGUUGACAGACCAAACCAAUAUAAAAUCAAGAAUCCAGAGGUUAAGGUGCAAGUGAGUCAGACUAAUGAGCAAUACGGAGAGAAAAAGGUUUAUAACACUGGUGGUGGGAUUAGGGAUGGCAAUUUGCACCGAACCGAUGGGUACCCGAACCUUAACCGAAGUUUUUUCCCGAACCAUAACCGAAUUUUUUCCCGUGGAUAUGGGUAUGGUUGAGGCCUUGGAUAACCGAACGGGUAUCGGUUUGGCUAUGGUGUAACUAUUGCCCGAACUGAAGCCCAAACCAAACCGAUACCCAAACCGAACCGCAAUAUUAAAAUUACAAUACGUAAAUCAGAUCAGCUGCCACAACAACCCCCCCCCCCCCCCACCCCCACACAAAUUGACCCACAUUAUCAACUCUCUUUAUCCACGAUCAAAGUCACAAUCACUCUCAAAUCUGUUCCAAUUUACAACCCCUUCGGUUUUCAAUCGUCAAGAUCUGGUGGAAAUGAGUGCGUCGAUUCAAUUCAUUCUCCAACGGUUCAAUUCAUUCUCCAGCGGUUCAAUUCAUGCAGUUGAAGAUGCCACGAACAGGUCUCAUAUUCCUCCAUUUUGCAAACUUCACUUUCCUGAUUUAAUGACAACGGCAGGGCCAUAAAGUUUGUGAUGGCUGGUGACGGCGCCGUCGGCAAGACUUGCAUGUUGAUUUCCUACACCAGUAACACUUUCCCUACAUUAAAGUUUCAAACUUCGAUUGUUAAGAUCUUUCCCUUCUGUUUUGUUUCAUUUGUUAAAAUCUGAUGUAAGAGUGACUCUUUAGCGGUGGUUUGGCUUUUCUUCUGAUAAAAAAAAAUAAAAAAAAUUAGAUAGAUAA